UAGGGACGCCGGGGGCGGGCUGACCAGCGCCCGGCUCCUCCCCGGCGGCCGCACUCCCCGCGGGCCGGCAGCGCGCAGGCGGCGCCCGGCGACUGUGGGAGAGGAAAUAAAACGUUGUCUAGGAUGGCAAGUCCUUCACGUGCACAAGCUUUUAAGCGGGACACCUGAGGGAUGCUUUGAGUGUGAGUCAGGUAUUAGCAACAGUGCUCUCGGCGUGGUCAGUGCGUUACCACCUUCGUGUGGUGGAGAAAGGAUCUGGAGAGGACUCAGCAGCGUGGCACCCUUUCUUUCUGCAAAGCUUGCAUCCUCCAAGCACGCACACGUGAAGGCAUGCUUUUUGCUUCACGAAGCUUCUGUUGCCUUGGCGUUAGAACACACUUACUACGGACAGAUUUGCCUUCCAAAUCCAUCAGGUUUUCAGCCUUUGCAACAAUGCCGUUCAAACACAAAAACACAAGACGAAUUGAAGGCCUUGACAGCAAUGUGUGGGUUGAAUUUACAAAGGUGGCAGCAGAUCCCUCAAUUGUCAAUCUUGGUCAAGGCCUUCCUGAUAUAUCGCCUCCCAGCUAUGUUAAAGAAGAGCUGGCAAAGGCAGCAGCAGUUGACAGACUGAACCAGUACACACGGGGUUUUGGACAUCCAUUGCUGGUGAAAGCCUUGUCUCAGAUAUACGAGAGAGUUUGUGGAAGGAAGAUUGACCCUCUCACAGAUAUCUUGGUGACAGUGGGAGGAUAUGGAUCUCUCUUUAGUACAGUACAGGCAUUAAUUGAAGAGGGAGAUGAAGUAAUAAUAAUAGAGCCAUUUUUUGACUGUUAUGAACCAAUGGUAAAGAUGGCGGGUGCAAAGCCUGUUUAUAUCCCUUUGAGAAAUAAAAAUGAUGGAAACUCUGCAUCUAGUGCUGAUUGGGUCUUAGAUCCCACUGAACUUGCAAAUAAAUUUAAUUCCAAAACAAAAGCUAUUAUUCUGAAUACCCCGCACAAUCCUAUUGGCAAGGUAUUUACCAGAGAAGAGCUCCAGGUGAUAGCUGAUCUUUGUAUUAAACAUGAUGCCCUGUGCAUCAGUGACGAGGUGUAUGAAUGGCUGGUCUACAAAGGAAAUAAACACAUUAAAAUAGCUACUUUGCCAGGUAUGUGGGAAAGAACAAUAACUAUAGGAAGUGCUGGAAAAACAUACAGUGUUACUGGCUGGAAGCUCGGUUGGUCUAUUGGCCCCCAGCAUCUGAUAAAGCAUUUGCAAGUUGUACAGCAAAAUACACUGUAUACUUGCCCAACUCCAUUACAGGAGGCCUUGGCACAAGCUUUUUGGAUAGACUAUAAACGCAUGGAUGACCCAGACUGCUAUUUUUACUCACUGUCUCGAGAGCUGGAAGGCAAGCGUGAUCGGAUGGCUCAGCUACUUCGAGAAGUUGGACUGAAGCCUGUCAUUCCAGAUGGAGGAUACUUUAUGAUUGUUGAUGUUUCUACAUUAAAUGUGGAUCUCUCUAAUGUGGAAGAGAAUCAACCUUAUGAUUAUAAAUUUGUCAAAUGGAUGAUAACAUCUAAGAAACUUUCAGCCAUUCCUCUUUCAACAUUCUGUGGUCCUGAGACAAAAGUGCAGUUUGAAAAAUAUAUACGUUUUUGCUUCAUUAAGAAAGACAGCACACUAGAUGCAGCUGAAGUGAUCCUGAAGAACUGGAAUAAACAGAUAGCUUGACUUUUUUAACAACUCUUCAUUCUGGUGUAAUUAUCUUACACUAGGGCUUUUUAUUGUAAAUUUAAGAACAAAUUACUUAGUACAGAAUUAAUUUGACAUUGUAAAUAACUUUGUGCUGCCACUUGCUGAGGAGUUAAAACAACGAUUUACUCCAUGUGUGUAAUGCGAUUCAGAGGUUAUUUUCAGUCUUUUCAAAAUCAUUGACCUUUUUCCUAAAUAAUGUACAGGCUCCACAUCUCUCACUGAAAACCAAAGAUUUCUAGGACUCUGGAUAAAAUAAAUACAUCAUAUAGGGAUUUUAAGGCUUACAAGAAAAAAAGGGAGGUGCUUUUGGUGUGAGGUAGUAUAGAAAGUAGGGGUAAGACUUAAGCAUUGUGAUUUAUAAGACCUAAUAGCCAGCAGUGGAGGAAAAUUAAGACAUGCUUCAGAUUAGAUAAUUGCAGUGACUUUCUACCUUCCUACCUACCUACUCUGUCCACGCACAAAUUGUGUCAGUUAAAUAAAGUGAUUGAGUUAAAUCAAUGCAGUGUUUAUAUAUAGGCAAGUUCUAAAUGUACUGAGCUGCAUAAUUAAUAUUUCAUUUUCCCACAGUAGUCAAGUUUAGUCGUUAAUAAAAUUUAAAGUGUGGCAUCUAGAAUACCUAUAUAUUUAUUAAAUGGAUGAAUCUACAAAGCAAAAUAAAAGACCUCGCCCUAGAGGCUCCUUCGCAAUCAAAUGUACAGUGACAUAAGUAAUUCUGUAAUUCUUUUCCACUGUUAGCAUGUUCACAACAGCCACAGCCAUUAGUAACUUCACACCAAAUUUACUUCAGUGCUUAUUUUCAUGCUUGGAGAAGCAUGCAGAUGGGCCUAAUACUGUGCUAUGGAGCUCAGCUAAUUCUGACUAUUUCAAGCUCAAUGGAUAAGGGACUGUUUCAGAAGAGAUCAAUGUGGAGAAAUCCUUUUUAGUUGCCUCCUCUUUGAGCUGUCUCUGAUCUGUUCAUCUCUGGAUGGGUUUCCCACCAGCAGAAGCAAUCAAGGUAGGUUGCCUUUUAGGGGGUGUAUGUUGUAUUCUCCAUGUUUUUUUCCUUCUUCCCACAGGCCUUCUGUGGAAAAGUUAGAAGAAAUUCAGUACCUGAUUUUGCAAAUAUCUUGCUCAUUCUGUAGUCAUAUAGCUGGAGUCUUAAUUGAGUUCUGUCAGUCUGUGAUCAUGGCCAGGACCUUAAAAAGUAUGGAAACUGGACUGUUAAGCAGCUGUUAAGCUUCUACUGACUAGAGACUACCUCUUUUUAGUCUUGGUCUUUUGGAAAUCCAGUAGCUGGGACUUCUGUUGUCUGUUUAGCUGUCUUGCUGUCUUGCACUGCCAUCCCCUAAAGCUCACCAGAAAAAGGUCGCUUGGUAUUUUUCAGGGUGGGUGUAGUCUUUGUGUAGAAAAAUCAAUUUGGUAAUUAAAAUGACUUAACUGAAAUUCCAGCAGGGAUUUCAUGGGGAAAUUCCUAAAUAAAUCCCCAGAAAUUCCAGGAGGAAAUACUGUUAUAAAACAGUAAAAUUAUGUGAAAUCUAAACAGUAUUUUGCAUGAUCUUUAAACUGUCUUUGUGUAAAUUGGACCUGGGAGUUGUGCUGUUGCAGGAACUAAAGGGCAUUGUGACAAUCCGUUGAGCAGAGGGAAUUUGUGCAAGGGAAAUGCUACUGUUCGUAACAUGUAUAACAGUUGGUUUAUUUUGAAAUGAUUCCACAAAUGUUCCAUUCCAAGAGCCAGUUGGAGUAGCAAAAGUACACUAAGGCACCUGCCACUUUCAUUGCAAAGUGAAUUCUCAUAAAAUUAAAAAAAAUCUUUGUUAACAUAAAUACAUGUUUAAGACAUAGACUUCUGUAAAAUGUUUUUAGAUACGAUAAUCUGAAUCAAAAUUUCCUAAUGUCUUAGCCUCUUAAAUGAUACCAAAUAAUAAAAUAUUUGGUAUUUAGCUUCCUGUCCUUGAAACAAGUGCCUCUCAAUGCAAUUAAACCUUAUGAAAGUAAAUAUAAUUUUCAUCACUAUGAAUCAAAAGGGAGUUUUAAAUAUCAUUGCACCAUGCUUGCCUUGAAGAUAACAGCUACAGAGCACAAUCCACUCAAUAUUUUUUAAAAUCCUAUUAUUUCUACAAUUUAAGAUUUCCCUGAGACAGCAGUUUGUUAGCAUGUGAGCAUACAUAUAAUUGGGUGAUGUGUCCUCACAACAGCAGUAAAGUGAUAAAAGCUUCUUCCAUUCACCUCUCUAGUGUCUUCAUUGUCUCAUAAAGAAGUCUCAUUGCUUAGUUUUAACACUAUGACUAUUGUUAAUACUAUUGCUUAUGUUACUGUCACUGGCAAAUGGGACACCUGUAUAAAAUCAGUCUAUGCAUGAAUAUGCAUGAAAGAAAAGCUAUAUGCAGGGUUGAAAGUGAAAUUAUAAAAACUAUAGCAAAAUACCUAUUUUUCCACUGUUAACAUUCUGCUGCAUUUUAAAUACCUCAUUCUAGCAUGCUGCUAACUCACAUGCUAAAGCACUGAAUCUGAUGGGACAUACAGGUGGCCCAUGUUUAAAGACAGCUCUGCAUAGUGUAUAGGUCCAGAGCCCUACUGAUGUUACAGGACCCACUUCACUUAGGUUUAAUUUAUUUUUGCCUGUUUUGUCCAACUGCUGUAGUGUGCUAAUCUUUUUGUUUCAUCAAAUAUCUGAACACAUAAGAUGCAGCAGGGAGAUGAAUUAACAUACCAAGCAUAAUUCAGCUGCCUGGGCUGUUUAUUGUUUCCCUCGUUUGCUCCUUUGAGGCAUUUGACUGACAUCUGCUAUUUUAACAAAAUGAAUUUUGGCUAAAUCAACAAAUCUUUACAAAGGAUCUUUAGACAAACGAGUAAGACUGAUCACUUGUUUUCAUUAAUGUACUGUGCAUUGUGUUCAUGAAAGCAUCUGUGUAUCCCAUUGCAUUAUAUUGUUGGAAUGAUGCUGGUAAUAUUUGUAAUGUGAGAAUUGCAGUUGAACUAUCUAUUUUUAUCACUUACGGUAGCCAGCAUGAGAUACUUUGGAUGAAACCAUAAAAAAACUCCGGAAUAAGCAAUUAAAAUAUAAGUUUUAAAGUGGGAUUAUUGUUGUAACUAUAGUGAUGGGAAAGAAGAAGUGCAGCUAAGGACAGCAAGGUGAACUUUCUGUAAGUUAUUAAAAUGAUCUGUUGUUGACAGAGACUGUUAAUAGUGGUAUUCCCAUCUGCUACAUCAACCACUUUUUUGGCUGCUUGUGGACAAAGAACUUGAAAAAUGGCUGCAGACAGAGAAUAAAGAAAUGGUGAGAUACGAUCUAUCAUACUUUUUGCAACAGUGCUGAAAAUGAUUGUCUUUCUGUGCUGGACAUUAAACUCUUUCAAUUCUAGUAAAUGAGAACAGGGUCAAGAGGGACCCACAGCCAACAGUGAUUGUCAGCAGAAGAUCUUUUUUGUAGAACAGAUUAUAUGAGAAGCCAGGACAAACGUGGAAAGCUUCAUGGGACUCUGCUGAUGUGGCACAUCUGCUGCAGAUACUGCUAUGCACACAUUUCAGAGGUUAUGGGGAAACGUCUUAAUAUAGCAAGCUGUAUUCACAUUGACAGUUACAAUUAUUUUUUUCAUUACUGUUUUAUCUUUUGGGUUUAUUGAGCAUUGUGAAAAAAGUCAUUGCAAAUGGAAAAAGCGAAACUUUAAAUUUGUGUUUUAGUGUCUGUAUGUUUUAAUAGUUCAGCUUCCUUUUAUUCUAAAAGCAAGGUUUUUUGAAAUAAAAGGAAUCUGUUUGCAAGUUUAAAGUAGUCUGUUUUCAACUUGUGCAUGCACAAUGUUUAAAUUCAGCACACAGCAUUUCAGUCCAGUGUAUGCCUGAACAGGAACAUUUUUGAAAGAAAAACUUGCAGUCCAUUUAAAAUGAGAAAUGAAAGGGCUUGUUUGGUUGCAGUUGCAGUUUAAAAUCUAUUUUUCUCUGUAUUGAAAAAGCUGAUUUUCAAAAUCCUAAUAUUCAGUGGUGUAUGAAGUCUUUAAUUUGGUAGGUCAUUUAAGUUAAUUUUGAAAACAGGCUUCAGGAGGUAUUUGCUGCUCAUUUUCUGUAAGUCAUCAAGAGUAUACUAAAAAUCUGGUGACUGCAACUUUUCUGUUUUUACAAAUUUAUAACUUAUAAGGCUUUGCUUAUUAUCAAUAAAAUAUAUUUUGUUAAUUAAAAAA